AUGACUGCGUCGUUUGAUGUGCUCAUCCACAACGCUUUCUAUCAUUGGGCACUGUUGGUGAAUCGUUACAGAUUUAUUUUUUUUGUCGUUCCCAUUUUCACAACAGUUUUCUUGACCGUUGGCUUUCUGCAGACUACAAUCGACCCAAAAUAUGUCUUUUCACCGACCAAAGCUCCAUGGCAAUUUGAAAGUGCUGUUCUCAGUGAGCACUGGCCAUUGAACGAGCAAGAGUUUUGGCCAGGAAAAAGUUAUGAUUAUGAUGGCUAUGUGGACAUAAUUGCUGCGGGUAAAACAAAGAGUGGACUUGGUAGACCGAAUAUGCUUCACACUCGUUACCUUUACGAAUUGGAACGAAUAAAUGAGUAUAUAAUCCACAAUGUGACAAUUCCUGUGGCACAUAACGGCAAGGUUUAUCACGUUGGAUUCACAGAUCUGUGUAUGUCAUAUGACUGGAAGUGUUACAUGAAUGAUCAUUUAACAAUGCUAAUGCCAAAACAUCGUUGGGGUAAUUUUAGUGAAAAAAUUGCUGAAUAUGCCAAUGAAAUUAUCAAUACUGAAGUGAAAAUAACCUAUCCAAUUGGAUAUCGAGGGACAGAACCAAUUUACUUUGGUGCCUUGGUUGGAGCUCCGCACUUGACAGAUGAAGAGGGACAUUUUAAUUAUGCUCGUGCUAUCCGGUUGACGUUCAACGUUCGGGAGGAAAAAGUUGGUAACAUCAGCUAUUUAUGGCGAAAGAAGGUUGCUGACUAUUUGAGCGAUACAACAAAUCCACCAUCAGAGAUUCUGGAAUUCGGAAUGUUUCACAAUGAAAGUUUACCGGAAGGUUUACAGCAAGUCGCGGAUUCCUUGACACCAAAAUUUGUCGUCACAUGCACUAUACUUUUUACAUUUUGUGGACUCAGUUCUGUGGUUGUUAUAAAUAUUAACGGCUUUUUUGUGAUUGACUGGGUUCGCAGUAAACCAUCUAUAGCUUUAGCUGGUUUGAUGUGUCCGUUACUGUCGAUUCUCAGCGGUUUUGGACUGGUUUUAUGGCUGGGUUGUUUGUACAACGCAAUUGUCAACGUUUCACCAUUUAUCGUUUUAUUUUUGGGUAUUGGUGUCGAUGAUAUGUUCAUCAUGAGUGCUGCUUGGCAUCGGACGAAUUCUGAGCUGACAUCUAAGAGACGACUUGCAGAAACAUUGGCUGAUGCUGCAGUAGCAAUAUCUAUAACUUCAUUUACCGAUAUGAUAAGUUUUGGUAUUGGUUGCCUUACAACGUUACCAAGUGUUCAAAUGUUUUGUUUGUACACGUUUAUGGGUGUAACUUUUACUUACAUUUAUCAACUGACUUUUUUUACUUCUGUAAUGGCGUAUGCCGGCGAAUGGGAAUACCAGAAUUUGCAUGUACUAACUUUCAAGCCAGCAAUCUCCAUCGAAAAAGCAGGUACACAAAAGCUAAAAAUUAGUCUUUCACUUCUACAAACCAGUAGAACAGAAAAAAGCCCAAAGAUAGGCACAGCUGAAAAAGAAGAAGUGAUUACGAAUAACAAGCACCAACUGCAGGGUUUUGAUUCGCACCAUAACCGAAAGACGUUCAUCUCUAAAAUUUUUCGUGAAUAUUAUGGCCCAUUCUUGCUUGCCUUAUCGACUAAAAAAGCAGUUUUCUUUAUAUAUUUAAUUUAUUUAUCAUUUGCAAUUCUUGGAUGUACGAUGGUAGAAGAGGGAUUGAAUCCAAAAUUUUUGGUCAAGGAAUCGUUUUACCUAAAUAAGUUUUACGUCUUAAUGGACGAGACAUUUUGGGCUGAAGGCCUUCAAAUGCAGGUGGUUGUGAAUUCACCGCCAAAUUUUUUUAAUACAAUAGAACGCCGCAGAUUCCAACUAGUGAUGGAUGCCUUUGAAAAUACACAUUAUACCAUGAAGCACAACGCAACUAUGUUUUGGUUAACGUCAUUUGAGAGGAAACUGGCGGAGGACGAAGAAGUAUUCAGAAUUCCUAUGCCAAACUCAACAGAAGAAUGGUAUGAACGAUGUCGAGAAUGGUUGAUAAGUGCGGGUGGCCGAAGACUUUGGGAGAAAGAUAUGGUUUGGGGUACCAAUUUAACGGACCGGAAGACGUACAAUCAUCUAUAUGCGUUCAGAUUUCAACUUGGACUUCGCAAUUACAAUACUCCAACAGAUCAUAUGCGCAGCGCACAGUUAAUGCGCUCAAUUGCUGCCCAGUUUCCUGAAUUUAACAUAACAACUUUUCAUGAAUAUUAUCCAUUUGCAGAUCAAUACAUUGAGUUAAAGCCAGCAUUAAUACGUAACUGUUUCCUCGCUCUUACGGCCAUGCUUUUUGUUUCUUUCGUUAUGAUCCCUAAUUUUGGAGCUGCAUUUGCAAUUGCCGGAGCUAUAUGCAGCAUUGACAUAGGCGUUAUCGGUUACAUGACAUUUUGGGGUGUCCGUUUGGAAAGCGUCUCCAUGAUAACUGUUAUAAUGAGUAUUGGUUUUGCGGUAGACUUAUCAGCACAUAUUGGUUAUGCUUAUGUAAAAGCCGAGGGAGACAAAGACAAAAAAGCAGUUCAGGCGCUAGAAACUAUCGGAUGGCCCGUUUUCCUGGUAAUUUCUGCUUUUUUGUUCCGCUUAAAAGACGUAUGGCUAAAUAUAGAAAAUUUGGAGUUCCAAGUUCUCCACUUAUAG